AUGGGGUGCACUCACUCUAUGUAUAAGAAGAAAAAAUCAACCAUUCAUGAAGUAGUUGUUUUAACUCCAUCAAUCAGAAUACCAGUGCAAUCUGAUCUUCAAAGAUCACUCAAAGGAUUGAUUCCAAAGGAUCUUGCUGAUAAAUUGUCUUCGCUAAGGAACCAGAUUGUGUUGGUAGCAGAAGAUACUGAUGGAUCGGCUAUAGCUGAAUUGCGGCGAGCUUUGAAUGAAUAUUUGUCAGUUCUCAUUGGACUUACUAAGAAAGAGUAUGGUCUUGAGGGACUAAUGGAAUUCAAGUGGAAAAACUUUGAAGAUGGAAGACAACAGGAUAGUAGCAUAGCAAAUGUGUGGUUUGAGGUGUUAUCUUCUGUUCAUUUUAUGGCUAUGCUGACACUAUCUGAGGCUGAUUCAUUGUUGAUCCCGAAAGACCAUUCAGACUCUGGAUUCAGGGUUGUGUCGUCAGAUAGCAAGAGGGAAGCGGUUGAUUUGUUAAUCAAAGCAUCAGGAUACUUGGAGUUCUGUGUUAGGCAAAUUCUUCCUCAAAUACCAUUUGAAACCAGGAAAGUUUUGCCACAUGAUUUGCAGGAGGGUGUAUUGGAGGCUAUAGCUAUUCAAGCACUAGGCCAGGGAACUGAGAUUCAGCUUGGUCUUGCUGUGGAGAGUCAAAAAGCUACUUUGUCUGUGAAGAGGAGGUUGGCAUGUGAACAGCUCAUUUACUUUACUCAGGCGUAUCACUGCUUAUCAGGAUGUGACUUCAACCAAGGACAUGGAAAGAAGCAUCUCAGGUUCAUCAAAUGGAAAUUCCUUGAAUCCAAGGCUGCAGCAUACUACUACCAUGGUCUGAUUCUCGACAAGGGUAACGAACCGAGCUGUCACAUUGUCGCCGUGUCUUGUUUUCUUGCCGCAGAUGAACUUCUCGCAGAGAGCAAAAAGGCAUGUUUGAGCUUUUGUCUUGCAGCUCCAGUUACAAGGGCUCCUCCGCCAUGGGGUGUUAUGAAACUUCUACAUCUGAAAAUUCCUGAAGUUGCAUCAAAGAAGUACCAAAUGUAUGGAUACCUUUUAGAGCAAGAAAAGGGUCUCCAAGCAUUGCCAGACCUACCUGAAUUUCAAUUAUCAUUACAUCCAGAUGACUAUGAACUGCCUGAAAUUGAUCCAGCAUGGGAUACUAAAAAUUGGGAAACUUUAGGACAACCAUUGAAAGAGCAUCUUAGAGAUAAUGAUGAGAAUUCAACUGAUUGA